AUGGCGGUUGGGAGUGAGGACUCGAUGAGUGAUUCAACUGGCCCUGCAACUGUCCUGUCCAUGUCAACAGAAGAUGAACCAUUCGCGCCUCGUGCGGGUGCGGUCAGUGACUCGCCCGCGGCUUCCCUCGAUCGGUCCUUUUUACAAUUGCUGCUUCGACGAUAUCCCAAAGGAAAGAUAUGGUCCUUACAUCAAGACGGGCUCAUUUCCACAUCUGACGAUGAUGAUGACCACAAUUCGCAUAACACGGCGCCGACUCCCUCAUAUCGGUCGCCUCCAGGAUUUCCCCCGAUCGACGUGAAGAAGCCCACGGGAAAAAGGCGAAAGGCUGCAGAAAAUACCAUGUUGAAUAAGUAUUUCCCAGAAGCGACCCAGAUCAUGUUUGUUCCGCUUUGGAAUGCUGUGAACUCGCAAUGGUUUGCCGGGUGCUUUUGCUGGAUUAAUGUCGAGACACAAGUUUUUAGUUCCGCCGUUGAGCUGAGCUCUGUCCUGGGCUUUGGCUCGUCUAUCAUGGCUGAGUAUAGUCGAGUCGAGUCGCUCAUUGCAGAUCGACAAAAGGGUGAUUUUAUCGGCAGCAUCUCACAUGAGCUCCGCAGUCCUCUCCACGGAAUUUUAGCCGCGGCUGAAUUCCUGAACGGCACGAACCUUAACGAAUUCCAAAACUCGCUUCUUGAGACGGUAAACGCUUGCGGACGGACUCUACUUGAUACGAUGAAUCAAGUCCUGGAUUUCAGCAAGGUUGUUUCUUUGGAGCGAACAUGGCGGUCACUGAAGCGCAGGAAAGAGUCACCACUCGACUUCAAAGGCACAGACAGGCUGGGUUCGCACCUUGAUUCCUACGUGGUAACGGAUCUGGCGAUCUUGGCCGAAGAAGUUGUCGAGGGAAUCUGCCUGGGACUGACCUAUGGAAAUAACUCUGGGGCCCCUGCCGAUUUGUCAUAUCUAAUGUCCAGCAAUGUCCCCAAAGUCCAAUCAGGUCGAUCUCAAGUGGAUGUGGUCAUUGAUGUGGCGCAAGGUGAUUGGGUUUAUCGCACACAGCCAGGCGCGCUACGGCGCAUUGUCAUGAACAUCUUUGGAAACGCAAUGAAAUAUACGGACUCAGGGCGAGUAACCUUGAGCCUCGAAGCUACCAGCCGGUCAGAGGGCCGUUCUCGACGACAGGGCCUGGAGGACUUGGUUACACUGACUGUGUCAGAUACUGGACGCGGUAUUUCGGAAGAAUUUCUUCGCGGGAAGCUGUAUACCCCAUUCGCCCAAGAAGAUUCGCUCGCCGUGGGAACUGGCUUGGGAUUGUCAAUCGUCAGGAGUCUAGUGAAAGCCCUCAAUGGCCACAUUCGCGUCCGCUCUCGCCCUGGGGAAGGUACGGUAGUGCGUGUCUCUCUUCCACUUGCGCGAGCGGUCGGCGAGGAAAGCCCGCCUGUUCAUCAAAGCUCCCAUAACCCGCAACAAAUAGAAGCUCUGACGAAGACCCUUCUCCUCCGAGAGGGAUUUCCUGGUAAACGUGCUGCUAUUUGGGGUGUGGACCCGGAGCGUCUCGCAGAGGACCAGACUUGGGCCGAGAUUGCGAGAUAUCUUACCGGAUGGUUCGGAGUGGAGCUCGUUUCUUGGCCGUCACCGCUACCAUUGGAUAUGUUGGUCAUAGAGGAAUCAGUGUUGCCCGAGUUGCGCAAAACGCCACUCACAGCAACACUACCAUCACUACUCAUCCUCUGCCACCAACCAGUGGAUUAUACUCUAGAGCAGACUGAGUGGCUUGCACUUGCAACCUCGGUGGAAAUUAUUCGACGCCCCUGUGGACCUCAUAAACUAGCCCGCAGCGUUCUGAAAUGCUUCCAGAAUUCUCGCUCCACGGUGGUGACGCCCGCGACCGUGCUUAGCAAUCCAAUGGAUUCUAUUGACCUUGUCUACCGGACACCCCCGAUCACCUCCGCCAUACAAUCUGCUUUGACGUCUCCGGUCUCCGUUUCAAACCCUGGGCCUUUUGAUGAGCCUUUAUCAGCAGUCGCCGCGGGGUCGGGUCUCAAGUCUCUAGAAGAGUCUUUUCCAAACGCCCCGUCAGUGGUACCCGUAUCCGGAUUCCCAGAGGCCAUCGCAGCGGCCCCUCUCCCAGCUCCAUCGAUGGAUGGCAGCAUUGCCUCUUCACGACUAGCACGUGUCCUCGUUGUCGACGAUAACCGAAUUAAUCUCAAUCUGAUGAUGACCUUCAUGAAGAAGCGGAAUCUCACCGACCUUGUGUCCGCGGAGAAUGGCAAGCUUGCUGUCGAGGCAGCCGAGCGAAUGCAAAUGGGCUUCGACAUUAUUUUCAUGGAUAUAUCAAUGCCUCAACACGUGCCAUCCGGGCCAUGGAAGAAAGAAAAUGAUAACCGCAGGCCGGCUGUCAUUAUCGCUCUGACCGGGCUGAGCAGUUCACGCGAUGAAUCCGAAGCUCUCUCCUCUGGUGUUGAUAUGUUCCUCACCAAACCAGUUUCCUUCCGAGAAGUAUCGCGUCUUUUGGCAGAGUGGGAGACCAAUGGACUGGAGAAGGAACGAACAAUUGGCUGCAAAUUUGAUUGA